AUGGGCUCUUACGGGUGUAUCCCUUAUUUUGAACACCACUGCUAUAUAAAGCAGGAGCUCUGCUAUGGUUCUUUCUCUCUUCCAGCUCACUGUUACAGCAGUAUAAGCGACAGGAGUUUGCAUAUUUCACCUACUACAGUUACAACCAUGUUGCUCCCAGCCUUAAGAAUCUCGCCAUCUUUGCUAACAAAAACCGUGUCUACCAGAACGUUCUCGCUGGCUACCAUUGUCAGAUUGCCACAUCAGAAGAGCAAGCUGAGUCCAGAAGAGGAGAAGGAACAAAAGCUGUUCGACGAGAACAAGGCAAGGUUGGAGAAGCUCGAGCACGCAAAGAUCUACGACGGAAGCCAAAGAGAAACUUGUGAGGAACUAAAGAAAAAGGGUGACGACGCUCGCAUCGAGCAGAACAGACCUGAUGAUGGUGUCUACUAA